GAAGGCAGGUGAGAUAACAUAGUUUCCAGAGGAAAAUCUACAUGUAUGAGAAGAUAGGAGUAACAACUUAACAAGAGUCGACCACAGCUGACCAGCAGGUAGUUUCAGAAAGAAGGUGGACUACAGCAGAAGGACAGAUGUCUAACCCGAGUCAGCAGGCACUACCCUCAAGCAUAAGUAUGACUUGCCAUUAGCAAGCUGACGGGGCAUCUUGUGACUUUUUUUUUUUUUGCCCAAGAGAAGAGGAAGGGAGAAGUGAAUGACAGGCACAAAGCCAGUGGAGCCUGUACUGUUUUUCAACUCUCCCUGGCUUUGACAGUUAUGAACAAGAACGAGUUGAGAAGACAACUGUAAAUAAAGCCAAGAGAACAGGGCACACAGCCUGAAGGAAAGUAAUUACUACAGCUCUGUUUCUCUCUUGAGUUACUUGAAAUACAGUCAGCUUGGUUCGUGGACUCUACUCUUUAGACGGCUAACACACACACAGAGAAGGAGCACUAGCUGUUGAAGUGUUUUUUGGACUGCUGUGGGGGACGGCCGGCAUGGAUGGUGGUUUCUCCUCUUUACGCUCGGAGGCAGUGGGAGCCAUGAGGACAGCGCUGGUAUCCGCUGAGAACUUACAGCUCACUCUGAAGACUGAGCUCAGUCAGGAAGAACAGGCCCUCACACACACCAAGAGUAGCCCCAAGGAGACACAAAAAGCCGGGAAUGAAGACCUUAAAGAGAUGCUGGAGAGCAACAAGGAGUCCCUCAAACUGGAAGCCAUGAAAAGGAUCGUUGGGCUGAUUGCCAAAGGGAAAAAUUCAUCAGAGCUCUUUCCUGCUGUGGUGAAGAACGUUGCGAGUAAGAACAUUGAGCUUAAGAAGCUUGUAUAUGUGUACCUGGUGAGGUAUGCAGAAGAACAGCAGGACCUGGCUUUGCUAUCCAUUAGCACCUUCCAGCGGGCCCUUAAGGACCCAAAUCAGUUGAUCCGGGCCAGCGCACUGAGGGUUUUGUCCAGUAUCCGGGUCACCAUAAUUGUCCCCAUCAUGAUGUUGGCCAUCAAAGAGGCGUCAACUGACCUGUCCCCAUAUGUCAGGAAGACGGCAGCCCACGCCAUCCAGAAGCUCUACAGCCUGGAUCCAGACCAGAAAGAGCAGCUGAUCGAAGUGAUAGAGAAACUAUUGAAAGACAAAAGCACAUUGGUGGCUGGCAGUGUGGUGAUGGCUUUUGAGGAGGUGUGUCCAGAUCGCAUUGACCUUAUCCAUAAGAACUACAGAAAGCUGUGCAACCUGUUGGUGGAUGUGGAGGAGUGGGGCCAGGUGGUCAUCAUCUCCAUGCUGACGCGCUAUGCCAGGACACAGUUCACCAGUCCUUGGAAGGAGGGUGCCAUGUUUGAUGAGAACAAUGAGAAGGCGUUCUAUGACUCUGACUCUGAGGAGAAAAAAGACCAGACGGAGGCCAAGCCUUACAUCAUGGAUCCAGAUCAUAGACUGCUGCUCAGGAACACCAAACCUCUGCUGCAGAGCAGGAACACUGCUGUUGUGAUGGCUGUUGCUCAACUCUAUUGGCAUUUGGCCCCCAAGCAUGAAGUCAACAUUGUCACCAAGUCACUGGUUCGGUUACUAAGAAGCCACAGAGAGGUGCAGUACAUUGUGCUUCAGAAUAUAGCCACGAUGUCCAUUCAGAGGAAGGGGAUGUUUGAGCCCUUCAUGAAGAGUUUCUAUGUGAGGUCUACAGACGCCACACACAUCAAAACACUGAAGUUGGAGAUCCUGACCAACCUGGCCAAUGAAGCCAACAUCUCCACCAUCCUGAGGGAAUUUCAGACCUACGUGAAGAGCCAGGACAAGGCGUUUGCAGCAGCCACCAUACAAGCCAUCGGCAGGUGCGCCACCAACAUCUCCGAGGUGACUGAUACUUGUCUCAACGGUCUGGUGCUGCUACUUUCCAACAGAGACGAGACUGUUGUGGCUGAGAGUGUGGUGGUGAUCAAGAAGUUGCUUCAGACUCAGCCCACGCAGCACAGUGAGAUCAUCAAACACAUGGCCAAGCUCUUCGACAACAUCACUGUCCCCAUGGCCCGAGCCAGCAUCCUGUGGCUGAUGGGAGAGUACUGUGAGAGGGUGCCAAAAAUUGCACCUGACGUGCUCCGUAAGAUGGCAAAGACUUUCACAGCAGAGGAGGACAUUGUCAAGCUGCAGACUGUCAACCUGGCAGCCAAACUCUACCUGACCAACUCUAAGCAGACCAAGCUGCUGACCCAGUACAUUCUGAACCUGGGCAAAUAUGACCAGAACUACGAUAUCCGGGACCGAACACGCUUCAUAAGACAGCUCAUAGUGCCCAGUGAGAAGAGCGGCGCCCUCAACAAGUAUGCUCGACGCAUCCUCCUGGCCCCCAAACCAGCCCCAGUGCUUGAGUCUGCUUUCAAAGAUCGUGACCGUUUCCAGCUGGGCACUCUCUCCCACAGCCUCAAUACUAAAGCUACUGGAUACCAGGAGCUGUCAGACUGGCCAGCUGUUGCUCCUGAUCAGUCUGUGAGGAACGUGGAGGUCAUUGAGCCAGUACAAGAGUGGGCACCGACAGUUGGGAAGGCCAAGAAACCAAAAUCUGAUGACAAGUUCUACUCUGAUGAGGAGGAGGAGGAGGAGAAAGAAGAGGAAGGCUCUGAGAGCAGUGGCAGUGAAGACAGCAGCAGCAGCGGCAGCAGCAGUAGCAGCAGUGAAGAGUCUGGCAGUGAGAUUGAGGAAGAAAGCAGCGAAGAUUCAGAAAAGACCUCAGGUGAUUCUGGAAAGAGUUCCAGUGAAUCUGAAUCAGAACAAAGAAAGAAGAAAAAGACCAAGAAGGCACCGCAGAAGAAAAGCAAGCCAGAUGUUGCAUUCAGUGACUCGGAUGAAAACGGAAAUGGACCUGUAGCACAAGCCAGCAGCUCGUCAGCUGAGAGCUCCUCCGGCUCAGAGACAGACUCCUCCGAUGACUCUGACUCAGACACACCCACAGCACAACAGAAGAAGAAGAGUGAUGUGAAGUCCAAACCCAAGGUGGAAGUGAAGCCCAAGAAUGAAGUGUCCUUACUGGAUCUAGAUGACUUUUCUCCUGCACCCACAAAUGCACCAAAGUCUUUGAUCGUCUCCCGGAGCCUGCUGUCUGACCUCGAGGGCCUCUCUCUUUCCAACAUCUCCUCCACCAUGCAGGUCACCACUCCAUCUUUUGGCCCCGUGAAGACCUAUGAGCUGCUUCACCAUAUGACUGGAAAAGGUCUGUCAGCCAAGUAUCAUUUUCCCAGGCAGCCCUGUUUGUACCAGCCCAGUAUGGUGGCUGUACAGGUCACACUGACCAACAGCUCAGACCACAGCCUGGAGGAGAUUCAUAUAGGAGACCGAAGUCCAGCAAGCCUGAACAUCCACUGCUUUAAUACCAUUGAGCGGCUGGAGCCAGAGGCCUCAGUGACGGUUUCCAUGGGUAUUGACUUCAGCGACUCGACACAAGCAGCCAACUUCCAGUUGUGCACCAAGGAGGACCAGUUCAGUGUGUCCAUCCAGCCGGCUGUGGGUGAGCUAUUAAUGCCCAGUAGUGUGACAGAGCAAGACUUCAGCAAGGAGCAAGGUAAGCUCCUGGGCAUGAAUGAGACGUCUGCAACCAUCACCAUGGCAACAGCAAACACCUCCAGCCAGGCCAUCAGCAAGCAGGUCCUGUCUGUGGCCAACGUAGGAGUGGUUUCAUCCAGCAAAAACGACUUCCACAGGUUUGCUGGGCGGACAGUCAGCAGCGGAGCACUGGUCUUGGUGUCACUGGAGCUGAAGGAGUCCUCCACUGCCCUGCUAACCAUCAACACAGAGAAGAGCGUCAUGGCGUCCAUGUUGCUCCGAGACCUCAAACAAGCCCUUGCCCAGGCGUAGAGACCCCCCCCCCCCCCACUUUCUUAAGUAAAGGUAAAGGGGAACAGCGCUUCAUUAAAGAUUUCAUAUAUUUUAUUUUUCCGGUUAAGGACAAUUCAGGCAGUACUUGCAAAUGCAUGGCACUUUUAUCCACAAUACAGCAACCGAAGAGCUGAACUUUUGUCACUGACACAGAACUGGAAACAAUGGAAGCGUGCAGCGUUUCUUAUUUUUCUGCUCUGUGGUUUUUGGAAAGGAUUGUCCUGAAUCGCAGGAAUAAAUUUGUGAAAAAAGUGAUGAUCCCCUUUAAAACACACAGAAGGCAUCAUAGAAGUGAUAAUACAAUUUAAAAUGUGACCCGCAUACCUUCUCCUGUAGAAGUCACUCCUAAACAUGACACUACUCCACCCAAUCAUGUGAAACCAACUGGUCAUUUACCUCAGUGGUGACCAUUUAAAUAUAAUGCCAUUUAUGGGUUUGACCAAUGUUAUUAUGUACAAACAGCUGUACAUACAUUUUGGGAGAAAGAAAGUAUCGCUGCCUCACUUUUGGUGCUACAGGCCAAUUUUUCUGUCCCUCUUUAAUGUUUAUACAGAUUGAGAUACUCCACUAAAGCAUUGAUGUCUGACUGUAUUUCAUCAGCAUUUGUGCCUGAGCCAAGCCACUCUGUGUUUGCAUUGAUGGACUUUGUUCUUUAUGCCAAGAGAAAGAGAAAAGGAGGAUUUUCUCAAUGCCAUUUAGACCCAUCUCAACACUGUCAUUACAUUAAUAAUCUUUGGGAAGCUGCUGCAGCACCAGACGAGCCUCUGUCCCUGAUGUAGUUUUACAUUCCAACCUUUCCACUGCCCCUAAAUCACAUUUAUUAAAGUGCCUUCUACAUGAAAAUAAUGUUAUUUAGAAAACCAAAACGUAUAGACUUAAAUCAACAAGGUCUUUUUAUCUGUACCGCUUUUGCUGAACAAUAAAAAGUGAAUUUAUUAAAACAAUAAA